GUGUGUGAGUGUGUGUAUGUGUCUGUGUGCGCAUGUGUGUAUGAGUGCGUGUGCCAGUGCAAGAAUAAAAAAUCUACUUUGGCGUUUUUUCCUGCUUUCCCUCUACUCCUGGCUUUUUAUUGGAGGAAAUGUGGUCAGCUGACAUUGUCAUCUUGUCCAUCUUGGAGCGAGGCUUCAGAAACAACAUUCGGUUGUGUGCACAGUGUCUUUAUUGGCGCCCGGAAAUAAAUUAUAAAGAAAUCAUAUAGCUCGAGCACUUCCAUUAAAAGAUAGACUGACCAAACGAAAGUGAGUGAGUGAGUGACUGCAAGAGAGACCGGAGAGAGAGAGAGAGCAGUGAGAGUAAGGGAGGGAGGGAGAGAGAAAGAGUGGGAGCAAGGGAUAGAGAGGAAAGGUAUGAAUUCCUAUUUCGCAAACCCGUCGCUCUCAUGCCAUUUAGCCGGUGGCCAGGAGGUUCUACCCAACGUGGCCCUAAAUUCAACCACCUAUGACCCGGUUCGGCACUUCUCGUCGUACGGCGCAGCUGUGGCGCAGAACCGGAUAUACUCAUCGCCUUUCUACUCUCCACAAGACAACGUAGUUUUCGGCUCCGGUCGGGGACCAUACGAUUAUGGAUCAAAUGUAUUCUAUCAGGACAAGGACGUCCUACCCAGCUGCCGACAAAGUAGCCUGGGCCAGGGUGCACAGAGUUCGCUACAAGAUUAUUCCACGGAGCACGGCAGAAGUGUGACUCAGGACCCGAAGGGCAACGUUCAGAUUUACCCGUGGAUGCAGCGCAUGAACUCUCACAGUGGAGUUGGAUACGGGUCAGACAGACGAAGAGGUCGCCAGAUCUACUCCCGAUACCAAACUCUUGAACUCGAAAAGGAAUUCCAUUUCAACCGCUACCUGACGAGACGCAGGCGCAUCGAAAUUGCGAACAUGCUGUGCCUCACCGAGCGCCAGAUCAAAAUCUGGUUUCAAAAUCGUCGCAUGAAAUGGAAAAAGGAAAGCAACCUGACCACCACCCUCACAGACACAGGCACGACGGGGACCAGCCAGGAGACGGGCAAGGAGGACGCUGACGAGGCGACUGACGAGAAGAAGGAGUGAGCGUCGACUUCGACAUGCAUUAGCGCAGUACACUUAACCAUCGUGAUGUACGGAUAACUUAAACUACCUAUUGACUACCUUUGUUCGGCACAACUCAUCGACAUGAAAGAAGACAUGAACUGAUUGAAAAUGCAGUGCGGACCCAUCACACAGCCUAUGUGUUCCAUUCCUCCUGAGUUCAAGAAGAGUAACAGACUGUGCGGACAGAAAACAGAUUUAUUCCAGGCUUGCCAUUCCUUUACAUACUUUGGUGGGCUAGUAGCUGUAAAGCCAAACAUGAUUUUACUGUAUUUGCCUUGAAAUAAGGAACACCUUACACCAGUCAUGAGGACAUCUGGCUAUGUGGAGAAAUAGUCACAGGUGAGCGGUUAAAUGGAGAUGAAAUUGUGAAGGAAAGAACUCUACAUUCGCGUUAACUUUUUUAUGCUUAGAUUUCAUAUACUUUUUAUUUUGUUGUAUAAACCAAAAUUCUAUGCUGAAUAGAAUAUUCACUGAACGAUCCAUACUACCUGAGUUGUGAAUAUGUUUGUAAAUAUGACAUAUUUCAAGCCUUGCUCAUAUGUGAGAGUCAAGGAACGCAUCCUGAGGUAAUUACUGUAAUGUUAGUAGGUACUAUAUUUAUGUUUAGAAGUAUACCAAGGUAAAACAUCACAUAUAUGGUCAUAUCAUAAUUCAAAGUGUGUCUUUCAAGUAGUUUUAGAUUACUUAGUUAAAUAAGUGUUGAAUGAAAAGUACGUCACAUCAUAUGUAAUAAAAACUUGUUAUGAAAACUUCGACUCAUGUGAUUUUCUCACUGUUCAUGUUCUAUUCUCCGUCAAUAAAAUGUUCUUUCAAUUCUGAUGAUCAGCAGGAUUACUGAUAAAAUGAUAUUUCCAUAGGACUUUUAGGAGUUUUCAUCUGAGCUGUUCCUGGAAGGGAGCUUCUCUUAAAAGCAAUUAUGGCAACUUCUAGUAACAAUUAUGACACAGAGGAUAACAAAAAGUGAUAUAAAUACGCAAAUAGGCCUUGGAUUUCAAAAACCAUUGCACAAUCGCAACUUUCCGGUUCAAAACGAGAUUUGGCCUCCGAGCGCUGAUGCACAAUGAUUAAAACGAAACAAUGCCUCACAAAAAGAAAGACUGGAAAAUAAAUGAAUAAUUAAAACACCACAGCAAUCAAUUCGCCAGUCUUUCUGGCUAUGAGUAAUAUUUCCAGCUGCCAUGAUAAGGAAACUACAUCUGAUGCAUUAAAGUAAAACCAUAGCGAUACGAUGGUUGCGUGUGUGUUUAUUCAGUUUAUGCUAUCUGCUUGUUAAGCGGACACACACAAGUUGGAGAACUUUCUGGUUCGACAUUAUAACAUAACAGUACCGAAAACAGAUGCCAUAUCGUGUAUAUAUAUGUGUGUAGUCACAGUGAUAUUCAAAACCCGCAUUUCAUAAGAAGUUAUACUCCGACUAUUACCAGCACGACAGUGCGGAAAGGCCGCUGCAACUCGAAGACGUGUUCUGCAUUGUUAGGUCCACAAGACAUAGACUACUGCAAAGAAAACCUUUCUAACAUGCCAUGCGUACACAGAAUACAUCGGGCCCGUGUGGUAUAAACAACGUAUUGUUAUUAUUACUAUUAUUAUUAUAGUCUGCUUUUAAAGUAUCUUAUGUCGCCUUAUAUUGCUAGUGGUUUAAUCUAAGAAUCUACGAAUUUAGAGAACGCUGCAAACGCAGAGUCAAUGAUGAAUAAUCUGUUUCAAAAAUAUAAGCUCACGACGUUUUUUUAGUAUUGCAUAAGAAUUGUACAGAAGAACAAUUCCUCCAAAAGGACAUAAUAAUGACAAAUUAUCUAUUUUUGUCUAAUUUGGAUCCAUGUCUUAACGUACCUAUAGGCCUACGGCUGAGAUGAAUAUACGCGUUUAGGCCUACUUGGAACGAAGGACAUUUCAAGAGACAUUUAGACCCGGAAUAACCAAAAUGAGAAGGACGAGUAAACUGAUUUCCACUCGUGUUAGUUAUAUUUGGUAUAAAAUUGCAUUUACAUAUUUGUGGAAACCAGUGACAGUGGUAGAAAAUUUGCGAAGUGAAGGUAGGCUGUCUUUCGAAAACGUCUGAAGUUUCACAUAAACUUCUGAAAAACAAUGCUCAGGCCACUUGUGCUGAUUCAUGCCAUUAGCGUUUAUUUCACCAUUGAGAUACAUUUAUUGAAAAGCUCCUUAUUGCGUACAGAUUCAUUUCAUAAUAUGAAUACACAUCAAUACAAAAUACUGUACACAAUUACACAAAACAAGUUUUAUACAUAAAUUCCUUUAUGUCUCUACGAUCUUUGGACAUGGCAGCCAUAUUCUGAGUUUGUGUAUCCUAUGUGCGCAUGACUUCGUACGUUUCUCUUUUUUUAAUUUGUGUUGCCAGGUAGAUCCUGAGAACUGUUGAGGUCGUAAGUAGAGGUGGCUUGUGCACAAGCUAUGCUCUUUUCCGUCUCCGGCACCAGGUGACGCUCUCGGCCUUCUGUCCGGCUCUUCCCCUCUGGUGCCC